AUGACUGGCGUGUCUUGCCACAAGUGAGCCACAGAAUUUGGAAUCUCAGCAACAAGAACGACAAAAAUAAUUCAUUUUCGGCUGGAAAGGAAGCAAUCUUGCCUCAACAGAGGUCAAACUGACAGGAAGGCGGGUCACACUCUCGGGAGCAGAGGUCACAGCGAUGGUGAAAACAGUGUCUUCAGCACCAGGGUCGGCAGAGCAAGGGGAGUUGACAGUGUCGGACUUGCUAGCUUUUAAGAUCAAAGGAGGAGAGCUCACAGACAAUCAAAUAAAUUUCCUUGCCAGAGCCAUCACUGACAGGACUAUGGACGACUGUCAGCUAGGAGCCCUGCUCAUGUGCAUCAAGUUGAAGGGCAUGACAGACCAGGAGACUGUAGCCCUCACCCGUGCCAUGAGAGACUCAGGUGAGACACUUAGCCAAGUUCUUACUCCACCAACCUGUGGUGUAUCGUCUACCGCAACACAAUAAUCUUUAUUUCUACAU